AUGGCUCCCUCGCCCAUGGUGACCGUGCUCGAGCAAAGCCGCAUCGCACCCCCGCCCGCCGCCGUCACUGACACCACCCUUCGCCUCACCUUUUUCGACCUCCCGUGGCUCCACGACCCUCUCAUCCACCACCUUUUCCUCUACGAAAUCCGCCACCCUAAGACCCACUUCAUCCACUCCAUUAUUCCCACACUCAAGUACUCUCUCUCUCUUACUCUCAAACACUACUACCCGCUCGCUGGAAACUUGAUCCUCCCUCCCCUUUCCGGCAAGCCAGAGCUCCGCUACGUCCACGGCGACUCCGUUUCGCUAACCUUCGCCGAGUGCGGUGGCAACUUCAAUCAUCUUACGGGGAACCACGCGCGCAGAGUCGUUGAAUUCCACCCUCUCGUCCCUUACUUGCCUACUGCAACCGCGUCGUCGGAGGCGAUCGUAGGGCCACUCAUGGCCAUUCGCGUUACUCUUUUUCCGAACUCCGGCAUCUGCAUUGGGUUCACAUUCCGCCGCGUGACAGCCGACGGCAGCGCGUUCACUGGUUUCAUAAGGUCGUGGGCGUCGGUGAGUAAACUCGGAGGCGACGCGGCUUUGGUGGCGGGUGGUUCCCUCCCCUUCUACGACAGAAGCGUGGUGGAGGACCCCAAUGAGCUUGAGAGCACUUUUUGGGCCGAAGUGGGGAAGAGGAAAUUCGAUGGGUCUAAAUUUCACCUGCAGCCCACCGAAAAUGUCCUGGCCACAUUCGUAAUGGACCCGACCCAUGUUAACCGACUGAAAGAACAUGUCUCAGCCCAACGCCUGAACCUCUCGCACGUGUCGUCUUUCACAGUGAUAUGCGCCUACGUUUGGUCUUGCGUGGUCAGAGCAAGGGCGGAGAGCGGAGAAGAAAUGGAGGAAAACGAACCAGAGCAUUUCGUUUUCGGGGCAGAUGGUCGGGCCCUUUUGGACCCGCCUGUACCGGCCACCUACUUCGGCAACUGCUUACUGCGGUGUUUGGCAACCGCCAAAAGGGGGCAAUUGGUGGGAGAAGACGGGGUGGCGAUUGCUGCGAAGGUGAUAGGGGAGGCGAUACGGGGAAGGUUGCGGGGCGAGGAAGGAGUGUUGAAAGGGGCGGAGAAGUGGAUCUCGGAGUUCGGAGCGCUGAAACGGGAACGGGUCAUGGGGGUAGCCGGGUCGCCGAGGUUCGCAGUUUACGAAAUGGAUUUCGGGUGGGGAAGGCCCAAGAAGAGCGAGGUGGUCUCGGUGGAUGUGACGGGGUCCAUCUCCCUGAAUGAGUGCAGAGAUCCGGAAGCGGGUCUGGAGGUCGGGUUGGCCUUGCCGAAGGCAAAGAUGGAUGCUUUUGGUACCAUAUUCGCCAAUGGCCUAAAGGCCCUCCAAGACCCCAACCCCAAUAUGGAAUGAAGAAAGAAAGGAGUGCAAGUUCGAGAGCACACUGAUGGAAAAUAAAUAAAAUGCAAGGCAAACAUGUCGUCGUUUGCCCAGUUAAUGCAGUAGUCGUCCACGUAUUGCUCCAACAAUCGUUGCAGCAAAUUUGUCGAGUUCCUGUUUGCUUCAAUGGGUGUUUUAUGGAAUCGUUUUGCAAUCAGAAAUAAUUUAUUUUCUACUUCCGAUUUUUUGCUGAAAAUUUUAAUAUAAAUAAACAUUGAGGUUGAAUUUG